AUGUCUGACCAAAUAAUAGAUCGUCCCAAAUCAGAACUAUCGAAGGAGGAACUGGACCAACUUGAAGAGUUCGAACUCAGACAUGGUCCCAUGUCCCUGAUAAACGAGGCGGUAAUUUCUAGAACACCGGUAAUUAUAUCACUAAGAAAUAACCACAAGAUCAUAGCCAGAGUGAAAGCGUUUGAUAGGCAUUGCAAUAUGGUUCUGGAAAAUGUAAAGGAACUGUGGACCGAAAAGAAGCACAACAAGACCACCAAUAAGGAACGGUUUAUAAGCAAGCUGUUCCUAAGAGGCGACUCUGUAAUUAUCAUUCUGAAGGCCCCCAUCGAGUAA